UCACGGCAACCGGGCUGGAACUGGAGCCGGAGCCGCUGGAGCCGCCGGAGCCGCCGUCGCGCCCUGGGCAGCUCCCGGUGCCGUUGGGCCGCGGCUUGCUCCCUGCCCCGCUCCGGCCUCGGGUGACUCUUUUCCUCCUUCCCACUAAAUCCCCAUUUUCCCCUGCUUUUGUCUCUUUUUCUCCCUUUCUUCCCGUCUCCCCGGGCAGCGGCGGGUGCGGCCAGGCCGGCCGCCAGGGGGCACUGCCCGGGCAGCCCGAGGACGGACGGACGGACGGAGGGGCGAGCGGUCAGCGCCGACGGGCGAGCACUCGAGUGGCCACCGAGGGGGUGACCCGGAAACCGGCUCCCAAUGCGGGGGAAUGGCAAGAAAAGCGACCAAGCAAGCAACGUGGGAAGUUUUAACAUGACGAGAGCUGCUCUCCUCAAAGCUACCGGGUCGGUAUGGACGGAGCAGCAGGAGCACAGCCCACUGGUGAGGAACAGGGCUGGAGGGAACCCGUUCAGAAAGCACUGGGAACGUGAAUGCCAGGAGAGGCCUGCCAGGAGGCACCAAGGGAAAACCCACGUUUCUGAAGAUGGUUUGGAAGAUCAAAGGAUGAAUGAAGAAGCCUCUCCAAUUACUUUCAGUUCUGUUUCCUUUGGCUGGAAUUUCUGUUUGCCCCAGCGAAUCGUGUUCAGCCAAAAUCCAAGGAAACGUGGCACCAGAUGUGCCGGUUGCAGGAGGCGGCGUGUCGGGUUCUGGAGAAGAAGGUGUUUGUGCUCCCUCCGCCCUCCGCCGGGGAAGUAUGUAAUGGUGAUGGGUGUGGUGCGGUCCUGCAGUCCUGAGCCUGUUCUUCGAGCAAUAAAGAUGACGGAUCUUUCUGAAAACCCCAUGCAUAAGAACAUGUGGAGCCUUGAAGUGGAGGACUUACACAGAGUCAUUCCCUAGAUACUUCUGCCUAACAUAACUGGAAAUGUACAUUUUAUUGGUUUUUGCUUCUUGUUUUUCUUUGGGUGCAGAACAUUGGGCCAUUCAGUCUAUUUGUGGUUUCAACCAACCACCAGUUACUCUUGGAGUAAAGCGAAGUGAGAAGUCAGACUCAGAGUUAAGUGGAGUGAUCAGUACAUAUCCAAUAAUCAUCACACUAUUCAUCCCUCUUGCAGUCUCUUUUUAUACCCACAGCUUUAAAAUACUUUGAUGCUUUCUGAGUAACAUGUCUAUGCUGUUCAGAAUACCUACAUGUUUCUGUGGAAGAUGUGUUGACACAGUCAUUCCUGUAGUGGUGCAUUCUUGGCAGCAAGGGCUGCACACAACUCCUGUUACCAGAGUGAACUCAGUAUGUGGAAUGAAGGCAAAAUGUGUUUCAGUCCAUUUAAAUUGUGGUUUGGAAAGAACUUUGCCUGUGUUUUCUCUUUCAGUGAUAACCAUGUCAGUAAACUCUGUGUAAGACAGCUAUCUCUUUCUACCUGUAAGCAGAGUCUUGCACUAAGGACCUCUCUGGUUUCUGUAUUUCUGAGAUACUGGAAGUGGUGCAGUAAUGACCCCUGUGUUCCAGUGAAGUGAAAUCAACUGAAAAGAUGCAAUGCAAGAUUACUUGGAAUAGAUUCCCCAGAUUCCAAAUGCAGUUACCACCUCAUGAAAAAAACUUGCUGUGCCUAAGUGCAUUUUUCUCUUUGGAGGUUUCCCUUCUUGUUCCAAUGUAUGCUAUUUUUAGUUGUUUAAACCAUUCUUAAGUAUCUUUCUUUUCUCCUCCUAUGGAAAAAAACCCCAUGAAAUGAAAUCAAAAAGCCUUAAA